AUGACCGCGCAUCCGUCGCUCAGCGUGCAGCCAAACGCGCACGUGCGGCGCAUCCUAUGGGAGGAUGGGGGCGACGCCCCGACGGCGAAGGGCGUGGAGUUCUCGGUCGGGGGUGGGUCGCAAAAGGCAGUCGCCACCGCCAACAAGGAGGUUGUCUUGUGCGCCGGCUCGAUCGCCUCGCCGAUGCUGCUGCAGCUGUCGGGCGUCGGGCCUCCAAAGCUGCUCUCGGAGCUCGGCGUGGGGGUGGACCACAUGGAGGUCUACCAGAGCUACGAGGUGCUGAAGCCCGUCUCGCUCGCCUCGCACCUCUCGCUCGCGGGCAAGGGCUCCCUCGGCGCCCACUGGCUGGUCACCAAGGAGGGGCUCGGCGCGACCAACCACUUCGAGGUCGGCGGCUUCGUCCGCUCGCGGCCCGGCGUCGAGGCGCCCGACAUUCAGCUGCACUUUCUGCCGAUCGGCAUGUCGUACGACGGCGUCACGCUCGCGCCGUCCUCCACGGGACACUCGAUGCAAGCUCACGUCGGCUACAACAAGUCCCCGUCGCGCGGCUACAAGAAGAAGAAUACGUAUUAUUGUAUCCAACUGGCGCUCGAGAGGACACGCUCGCCGGUGAAGCCGAUCGCCCGCUUCAACUACAUGUCGACCGACGAGGACUGGCGCGGCUUCCGCGCCGCGAUCCGGAUCACGCGCGAGAUCAUGGCGCAGCCCGCCUUUGACGGCUUGUGCGGCGACGAGAUCCAGCCGGGCUACGCGGCGCAGACCGACGCAGAGGCAAGCCCGCCGCGAGCGUGGUCCCCGCCGCGAGGCCCGAGAGGAGGCGGCCGAGAGAUCGACGAGUUUCUUAUCGAGCACCUCGAGUCUGCCUACCACCCGUGCGGCACCUGCAAGAUGGGCCCAGCCUCGGACCCCACCGCCGUCGUCGGCGCUGACGGCGCCGUCCACGGCGUCCGCAAGCUGCGCGUGGUGGACGCGUCCCUCUUCCCUGUCAUUCCGAACGGCAACCUGAACUCGCCCACCAUCAUGACGGCGGAGAAAAUGGCGGACCACAUCCUCGGCCAGGGCAUGCUCCCGCCCGACACCGCGCAGGCGGCGAAGACGUGGGUCGACCCCGAGUGGCGCUCGCGGCAGCGGGAGAGGGCACCGAAGGUCAAGACGUGGGAUGGCGUGUUUUGA